GGCAGUGUGUCAACAAUCAUGGCCGACCAUUGUUUGCUUCUGUAGAAUCGCCUUCCAAGGAAAAACGCGAUUAAUGCUCCUUCCUCGCGAUCUUUAUGAGAAUGACUCUAGACUCGACGUGAACUUGAGAUUUGUGUCAGUUCGUGGAGAUAUGAUAGUAGAGAGAAUGGCGCUCCGUAUCGCGACGGGAGUUUGUUGAAGAGUGAUGUUUUGAUGAAGCCAAGAUCUUCGGGAAGGAAAAGUCUCCGAGGUUUCUAUUUCUAUUUCUAUUUCCUGGAGAAACGGAUCAGAAAUUCAUUAAUAUGAGUUCGCUAAAAUCAGGAAACAAAAAAGAGCACCAGAAAAUGCGUAUCCGCGCUUUUCCCAUGACUAUGGAUGAACGUUAUGUGGAAAAUAUCUGGCAGCUGCUAAAGAGCGCCAUCCAAGAGAUACAGAAAAAGAACAACAGUGGUCUCAGCUUUGAGGAACUCUACCGCAAUGCCUACACUAUGGUCUUACACAAGCAUGGGGAGAGACUAUAUACAGGCCUCAGGGAUGUCGUGACACAGCACUUGGAGAAUAAGGUCCGGGCGGAUGUGUUGGCAUCGUUACAAAACAACUUUUUACAAACGUUAAAUCAUGCCUGGAACGACCACCAGACGUCCAUGGUGAUGAUUCGGGAUAUCCUCAUGUACAUGGACCGUGUCUAUGUGCAGCAGAACAAUGUCGACAAUGUCUACAACUUAGGAUUAAUUAUUUUCAGAGAUCAGGUUGUACGGCAUGGCUGCAUACGGGACCACCUACGAGAAACAUUACUAGACAUGGUGAUGAGGGAACGUAGAGGUGAAGUAGUUGACAGGCUAGCAAUCAAGAAUGCUGCACAGAUGUUAAUAGUAUUGGGAAUAGAAUCCAGAGCUGUAUAUGAAGAGGAUUUUGAAAGACCGUUUCUUGCUCAGUCUGCAGAGUUUUAUCGGAUGGAGAGCCAGAAAUUUUUAGCAGAGAAUAGUGCAUCAGUUUAUAUUAAGAGAGUAGAAGCAAGGAUUAUGGAAGAGGCUGAACGGGCUAAGCAUUAUCUAGAUGAAUCCACAGAACGACGUAUAGUAGAAGUUGUAGAAGAAGAACUAAUUAAGAAGCAUAUGAAGACCAUUGUUGAGAUGGAAAACUCUGGUGUUGUACACAUGCUCAAGAAUAAUAAAACAGAAGAUCUAGCUUGCAUGUACAAGCUCAUGUCUAGGGUUUCUGAUGGAUUACGUGCGGUAGCUGAGUGUGUAUCACAACACUUAAGAGAACAGGGCAAAGCUUUAGUUGCUGAAGAGGAGGGAGGAAAGAAUGCUAUAACGUUUGUACAGAAUUUGCUGGACUUGAAGGACCGAUUCGACCACUUCCUCCACAAUUCCUUCAACAAUGAUAAGAUCUUCAAGCAAAUGAUCGCAGCAGAUUUCGAAUAUUUCCUCAACCUAAACAGUAAAUCACCGGAGUACCUGUCAUUAUUUAUCGAUGACAAACUCAAGAAGGGUGUUAAAGGAAUGACUGAGGCGGAGAUUGAAGCCGUCUUGGAUAAAACUAUGGUGCUGUUCCGUUUUCUGCAAGAGAAGGAUGUAUUCGAGCGGUACUACAAGCAACACCUGGCUAAGCGUCUCCUCUUACAAAAGUCCGUAUCGGAGGACUCGGAGAAGACCAUGAUCUCCAAGCUGAAGACGGAGUGCGGGUGCCAGUUCACGUCCAAGCUAGAGGGCAUGUUCAAAGACGUCACCAUCUCCAACACCAUAAACGAGGAGUUCAAGCAGAGAGUUAAUAGUGCCGGGACAAAUUUGUGUGGAGUUGACAUAUAUGUGCGAGUGUUGACAACUGGUUAUUGGCCAACGCAGUCGGCAAAUUUGAAAGCCAACGUACCUAUGGCCCCCAGAAGUGCCUUUGAGGCCUUCAGAAGAUUCUACCUCAACAAGCACAGUGGCAGACAACUCACUCUACAGCCACAACUAGGCGUGGCGGGUAUCUCGUCAUCAUCAUCGGCUGUGGCAGCGGCGGCAGCGGGUGUUAGCAGCAACAACAAUGGCUUAGCCCCCUCUCCCAGUGUGCCAGGGACACCCACCUCGGCUUCAGCUGUAGGGCCCUCCCCUUCCUCCGCCCCCUCUGUCAUGGGUGCAGGAAAGCCCUCGGGGCCUAGGAAACACAUCAUCCAGGUGUCCACGUACCAGAUGGUCAUAUUGAUGCUGUUCAACACCAGGGACAAGCUCACUUAUGAGGAGAUUCAGAACGAGACGGACAUCCCCGACCGUGAUCUUGUUCGAGCUCUGCAGUCACUGGCACUUGGAAAGCCAGCUCAACGUGUGCUUGUCAAGAGCCCUAAGACGAAGGAGAUGGAGUCUUCACAUGAGUUCACGGUCAAUGACUCGUUUACAUCAAAGUUGUACAGAGUGAAGAUCCAGGCAGUAGCAGCCAAGGGAGAGAGUGAACCGGAGAGAAAGGAGACGCGGAGCAAGGUGGAUGAGGAUCGCAAGCACGAGAUUGAGGCGGCCAUCGUGAGGAUUAUGAAGGCCAGGCGGAGGAUGACGCAUAACAACUUGGUGGCAGAGGUAACAGAUCAACUCAAGUCCCGCUUCUUACCGUCCCCAAUACUUAUCAAGAAGAGAAUUGAGAGCCUCAUCGAGCGAGAAUAUUUGGCCCGCACUCCAGAAGAUAGGAAAAUCUACUCUUACGUGGCAUGAGGAGUAGGCUGUUUGUACUGGAGCAUAGCCAAGGCUGUGAAACCUUCCCUUGCGAGAGGCACGGCCAUCAGUCAAGGAGGUUGGGGGGAAAGCAAGACUCUGGAGAGUGUCGGGAAUAGGCAGCCAGUCCACCUCCUCUCCUCCACACCUGUUUCACACAAAUUUUCACUCCCCAUCCCCCCCACCCCCCGUACAUGUGCUCUCCUCUGCAGGUGUUCACUUCACUCCAUCCCGGGAAUCUGCGGGACUCACACACACACGCUCAUGGACUUAGCAAGCUUCUGUGAGUGUCUUUGAUAGCACCAGCCGGAUCCAUGUGUCUUUGCGAGCACCGGUUGGAUGUGUGAUGGAAUUGAAGAAAUAGAUAAGUGCUUUGAAA